GGGGGGGACAUUAUAUAUGAGGAGAAAAAGUAAGGUAAGGAAUCAAUCAUCCUUUAUUGAAGGGAAGGACAUUUUCCGAUAUCUCCAGAAGAUUGCUUGAUUCGGUUAUGCAUAAUAUUCAUUUGCUAUAAACUGCAAACUCCAGAUAUUGUUUUUGUAACAAAAGGACGAUUAAUAAAAUUCAGAUUAGUAGGAUUGAUUUUCAUUGUUUUAGCUAGCAGUUACAAGAGAGAUAUGGUGAAGGAAACAGAAUAUUACGACAUUUUGGGAGUCAGUACCGAUGCACCUUCAUCAGAUAUUAAAAAGGCCUACUAUGUCAAAGCAAGGAAAGUUCACCCUGAUAAAAACCCUGGGGAUCCGAAAGCGGCCUACAAUUUCCAGGUUCUUGGAGAGGCUUAUCAGGUUUUAAGUGAUCCUGAGAAGCGUGAAGCAUAUGACAAACAUGGAAAAUCAGGAAUAGCAAAUGAUUCAAUGGUGGAUCCGGCAGCUGUUUUUGGGAUGCUCUUUGGUAGUGAUAUGUUUGAAGAUUAUGUUGGACAACUUUAUAUGGCUUCCAUACAGUCUGUAGAACUUGAAGAGGAGGGACAGGUUCCUGAAAUUCGUAAGAUGAAAGUUCAAGAGAGGAUGAGGGAAUUCCAAAAGGAGAGGGAAGCAAAGCUCAUAACAAAUCUCAAGAAUCGGCUUCGGCCCUUUGUUGAAGGUCAAACAUCUGAAUUUGUAAAAUGGGCAACAUCAGAAGCUCGCCAGCUCUCACAAGCCGCUUUUGGAGAGGCUAUGCUACAUACUAUUGGCUAUAUCUACACAAGGCAAGCUGCAAGAGAACUUGGAAAGGAUAAACGUUAUAUGAAGGUCCCCUUUAUAGCCGAAUGGGUCAGGGAUAAGGGCCACCAGAUGAAAUCACAAGUUUCUGCUGCUUCAGGUGCAGUGUCUUUGAUUCAAAUACAAGAGGAGCUGAAGAAGUUGAACAACUCAGAAGCCAACGAAGAGCAGAUAAUGAAAGCAAUUGAAGGCAAAAAAGAUCAAAUGAUCAAUUCCCUCUGGCAGAUCAAUGUCGUAGAUAUUGAGACUACUUUAUCGCGUGUCUGCCAAGCAGUGCUGAAAGAUCCCAGUGUUUCAAAAGACGAGCUCAAGCAACAUGCUAUUGGAAUGAAGAAGCUUGGAAAUAUAUUCCAAGGCGCCAAGGCUACUUACCGCAGAGAUAAUAGUUUGCGCGAAGAAGGCACCCAGGUAAAGGCUGCUUCUUCUUCAUCCAAGUAGCGCGGUUCUGAUUAAGUAUUAUACAAUGUUAUAUCUCUCACUUGUUUUAGCCAACCAACCACUCUAUGCAUUUCAAAUUAAUGUUAUAUGUUGUGUGUUAUUUAUCAUUUGAAUUCUGUUUGCUUGAUUGAUUAUUUGUUACCUGUGUAAUAAUUUAUCAUGGUCUUUAUCACAUGAUGUAUUGUUAUUAUCAUUAUUGAGUGCAAAUUCUCAAAAGAUUGGACCAA